GGCGAUUCAUCUUUGCCUCGGCCGCCACAUGUGGCUUUGUUCGCCUUCCCCUUCGCAUCACACGUCGCGCCAUUCUAUUCACUGGCGCGUGCUCUCGCCGCGGCUGCUCCGUCUGCCAUCUUUUCCUUCGUGAGUACAGCUAAAACCCUCGAAUCCCUUCCGAGAACCGCCGGAAAUCUUCGUCUGUUACCAUUCGAGGAGGAGAUCCCGGACGGCGGAUCUUCUGCUGGACUUGAGGAGAUGGUCGGGAAGUUCUUGCAGGCGGCCCCGGGGAAAAUCCGGGCUGCUGCAAAUGCUGCCGCGGCAGAUGUCGGGGGGAUACCGGUGAGCUGCGUGGUGAGCGAUGCGUUUAUGUGGAUGGCGGAUUUUGUGGCAGAGGAGUUGGAGGUGCCAUGGGUUGCUCUUUUUCCUGGGUUCCCGUUAGCGUUAUUGGCACACGCUCACACCGAUGAUCUGCGCAGCCGUUUUGGUAGUGAGGAUCAAGUGAUGCCUACUCAUGCUGACAAACUCCUUGACUUCAUUCCUGGCCUGGCCACCAUGCGUGUUUGUGACCUUCCAGAAGGCAUCAUCUUUGGCGAUACUAACUCUAAAUUCGCUCUCAACAUCCAUAGCAUGGCUCAUCGCCUCCCCCGAGCUGCUGCCAUCGUCCUCACAACUUUGGCCGACCUUGAACCUGAUUCAACUUUUCAUAACACUUACAGCCUGAGUCUCCCCAUUGGUCCACUCAACCUCCUCUCUCCACCACCAUCCAGUCCAGACAAAGAAAACUGCCUUCCAUUUCUGGACUCCCAUGAACCCUCUUCAGUUGUAUAUGUUGCCUUCGGCACAUUCAAUGCUCUGCCGCCGGCCGAGUUAGCCGAGCUCGCUCAUGGACUUGAGGACGGCGGUGUACCCUUUUUAUGGUCUCUCAAGGAGGAGAUUCGAUCCAACCUGCCGGAGGGGUUUGUGGAGCGAACACGAUUGAGGGGGAAGAUAGUGAAUUGGGCGCCGCAGGUGUCCGUAUUAAGUCACCCAGCUGUGGGCGUCUUCGUCACACACUGUGGAUGGAAUUCAGUACAGGAGAGCAUAAUGUCUGACAUGGUGAUGUUGUGCAGGCCGAUCUUUGCCGAGCAGAGGAUGAUAGGAAGGGCGGUGGAGUCGAUGUGGGGAGUAGGAACAAAUCUCGAUUCUGGUAUUACGAGAGAAGCAUUAGUUAGCGCCAUGAAUGGAGUUUUGAAAGGAGAUAAUGGGAAGAAGAUGAGGAAGAGAGCGGUGGAGAUAAGAGAGAGGACGGAGAAGGCUCUGUUGCCUGGUGGGAGUUUCUCGAAGAACUUGAAGAGUUUGGUGGCGUUAGUCUGCAGAAUAUGAUAUUUGGUUAUUGAUUGGAUGUUCUUGAAGCUUGAUUUGUUGACAUAAAUGAAGUUGGGCGUGCUGAAAUUUAUGUUCUAUAAAGUAUGAUUUUUUUUUAUUUGUAACAAUAAGUGUUGAAAUGUCAGUCAGUAUUUUUUUUCUUGCGAGUUUGUUACAGGAGGGAGAAAGGUCUUUGAAUUUGUUUGCUAAAUUGUUCAGGUAUUUAUGGGACACAUGACAUGCAAAACUUGAUACAAUUAUGAGAUGUAAUCAUAAUGGAAAAAUAUAAUUGCCAAGUAGUCUUUAUUUAUGGUUA